AUGGCUCCAGUUCCAGUCAGCCGCCUUGGUCCGUCCACGACGCUGCGAAACGCUUUCUUCGUGUGCGCGUCUCGAGAACAAACCGUCGAGCCGUCAAGCCGUCGAGCCGUCAAGCCGUCGAGCCGUCAAGCCGUCGAGCCCACCCCCAGGUCAUCAUCAAGACGUGCCCCCCCCCCACGACCCACGAGUUUAUCCCUGCGGCAAAUCGCCAUGCACCCGCCGACCGCCCAGGCAUCUGCUUUGCGCCCGUAUCGUAUCCCACCGAGAAAGAACGUCGGCGCCAUCGCACCGGAGCUGCCCCCCGUCGGCUUUCGCGCCGACACGACGGCUGGCAUGAUUGACCCUUUGGCCUGGCAGACGACACGACGCGCAUAUGCAGCGCAUGUGCGGCGCAGCGUGGAGCGCCAGCAUCUGAUGAUCUGA